ACUGGUGACAUUAAUUGCACGUCCUGAAACAGAAUUCGAUCGAAGGGCAACAGACGCUAGUUAUGUUUCAUCUAUUUUCAGAUCUGCCAGCUGAGCUACGUCUAUAUAUAUGGUCUCUUUCAUUGGCUGAUAUAGAGCCUAUUAUCAGCAUCUCAUGUGAGAGGGGGGUGUUACCCAACUCGCACCGCUUUGCACGCCUUUUUCGCGCCAGCCGGAACAACCCACCACAAUUGUCUGUCAACCAAGAGGCUCGGCAGGAAACGCUACUAUCUUAUCACCCAUAUUUCUCUACUCAGCAUGCACCGGACUCACGCAUUUACCUGGCCCCUGAUCGGGAUAUCGUUCGACUGCCAGACGCCAUUCUUGGGUACCUUGGCGUUCCCGAGCAGAGGGGCAUUAGUCGUUUAAUCGUUGAAGUGAGCGACUACAUGGUUUUCGGCCACUAUUGGAUGGACUCAUUGAAAGAAAUGAGCAAUUUGGCAGAUCUGACAUUAACGGUGACCCUAAAUUUGCCUGCAUAUACCAUCUCAAACGAGCUGGCAGAAGCUGCUGGCCUAAAUGACGUACAAACAAAUUCUGUUGCCAUUCUUAAAGAAGCUUUCAUUGAAGGUAUACGGGAUAAUCCAGGAUGGAAGAUACCCAAUAUCAAGGUCGCUUCAGUUACGGGCCAGGAAUUUGGGGAAAUUAAAAUUAAGCCUGGGGACAUGGAAAACUAAGCGUGUGGAGAGAAAUGCCUCAACAAAAUGUUUGAGGAAAACAGAUAUUGUUAUUCCAUCGGCGGAGAAGUAGUGGUCAUUUUUCUUUUAUUUUUCUUUGAUAUCAACGAUCAAAAUGUCCAUCAUUCGUAAAGCAAGGUAUCCGACGAUGUAUAUAACGUCAAUAACUGAGGAGUUCGCGGAUAUCUAUAUUUGAUUGAUAAUGUUUGCUUCAACUGACGGUGAACCCGAAUACAACACCCAAUUCAUUUAAAAUGGCGACAACCAAAAAAAAAAAAAAUGUCAAUUGAUAAUCUAAAGACCAUAGUUGU